GCUAUGGAACAGGUGGAGGUGCACGUUAUCCCACUGGAGCUGGAGUAGGACAGGGAACAGGAAAGAGAGGAAAAGGAUAUGGGAACCUUGGAGCAGGUGGAGUCCGGCCUGGAGGGUACGGGACUGGCCCUGGGGGGUACGGGGCCGGCCCUGGGGGGUACGGCACUGGCCCUGGGGGGUACGGCACCGGCCCUGGGUAUGGCACCGGCCCUGGGUAUGGCACCGGCCCUGGGUAUGGCACCGGCCCUGGGUAUGGCACCGGCCCUGGGUAUGGCACCGGCCCUGGGGGGUACGGGACCGGCCCUGGAGGGUACGGAACCGGGUCAAACGGCAGAGUACCUGAAGGAGCGGGCAGCCUUGGGGUUGGUGGAGCAGGGACUGGACCAGGAGGUUACGGUACUGGACCAGGUCUUGGAGGCUCCGGGUAUGCCACUCCAGGUGGGGGAGCAGCUUCUGGCUCCAGGAAACCUUCCAAAAGUUAUGGGGCAGCCGCUGCUGGAUCCAGACCAGUCGGUGCUGGCUUUGGUUCUGGGGUUGCUGGUAUUGGACCUGGUGGUGCUGGAUUUGGACCCGGUGGUGUCGGAAGCAGACCAGGUGGUGCUGGUACUGGACCCGGUAGUGUUGGGUCUGCAGCAGGAGGUUUUGGAACAGGUGGCUAUGGGCCUGGAUCCACUGGACAAGGUGGAUACGGGCAGGGGGCUGCUGGUGUCGGACCCCAAGGUGCGGCAACAGGCGGUUUUGGCCCUGGCGGAGUGGGAGCCGGACCAGGCGGCUAUGGUCCUGGUGGGAUAGGCAUGGGGCCUGGAGGCUACCCUGUCGGUGGUCAAGGAUACGGGAAACGGAAGCCAUUCAAAUCAAACAAAUAUGGGUCUGGUAAUUUAGGACCUGGUGGUGCUGGACAAGGAGGUGCUGGCUUUGGGCAAGGAGGUGUUGGAACAGAUGGUGC